GCCGACUGAUUCUACUUCAUAUUAAUCACGGUAUACCGGUCGCCGUUAUAAUUCAUGUCGGUACCGGUAAACUGGCCGGUAUAUCGGUCGGCGCUAUACUUCAUACCGGUACCGGACCGGCGCCGGUUGCACCUCUGGUUUCAAUAGGUGGAAUAAGAACAAAAGUAUCGUUAAUGACUAUUUUUGGUUUCGCAGAAGGCUCAGCUUUUGGCACAAAACAUUUUCCAAAAAAUUCGUUAAAUGAAUUAGCUUUUGAAGUGUCACAACUAGCUUUUUUAUUAUCAAAAAGUACUGUAGCUGAUAAAGGCGCAACAGAAAUAGAGGGAAAUUUACAAAGUAGAGUACUGUGGUACGAAUUUCCUAAAGCAUCAAAGAUAGAGACAGACGGUGGUAACCACGAAGAAGAAUAG